AUGAGAGUGUUUGCCAUGACAUCUACUGAGGCGACUCAGUCAGGUAACUUGAUAAUGCAACCUUGUUUACUUAUGGGGCAUGAUGUAUUGGUUUUAUUUGAUUCUGGCGCAACCAAUUCCUUUAUUUCUAAUGCUUGUGUGGGACGAUUGAUUCUGGUGACACGUGACUUGGGGUGUGAGUUGCUUGUUUCAACUCCUUCCUCGGGCCAAGUAGCUACCGGUUUAGUCUGUGUUGGGUGUUCAAUGGUGGUGGCAGGUCACAGAUACAAGGUGAACUUGGUGUGCUUGCCCUUGGAGGGACUGGAUGUGAUAUUGAGAAUGGACUGGUUGUCUAUCAACCACAUCAUAAUUGAUUGUGGACGACACAGUUUGGUAUUCCCAGAGCAUGAAGGGUUGGGAUUGAUAUCAUCUCGGGAAGCGGAGAAAGCAUUACAAGAUGGGGUUGUGUGUUUUAUGGUGGUCGCCAAGCCAGAGAAGAAAAGUGCGGCGAAAGUGAUUCAGGCUAUACCGGUGGCUAAUGAAUAUGCAGAUGUGUUUCCAGAUGAAGUGUCAAGGUUGCCGCCAAGUCGAGACAUUGACUUCACCAUUGACCUCAUUCCUGGUGCAGGCCCAGUGUCUAUGGCUCCAUACAGGAUGGCAUCGGCUGAGCUUGCAGAACUCAAGAAGCAAAUUGAGGAUUUAUUGGAGAAGCAAUUCAUUCGACCGAGUGCUUCGCCUUGGGGACCCCAGUUUUGUUAG